GGCAUAUUUCCGGGGAAUCAUAAAGCUCAAAAGAAUUGGUGGACAGACUGUAUAUCAGAGACUAAACAGCUGCUUUCUUCAGCACGGCGCAAGAUGUUCGCAUUCAUAAACCCCAUCCUCCCCGGCUUCUACCCAGACCCAUCGUGCAUCCGCGUGGGAGACGUCUUCUACAUGGCAAACUCCAGCUUCCAGUUCUUCCCCGGCAUCCCUAUCCACAGGUCCAAGGAUCUCAUCAACUGGGAACUGAUUGGAAACGCCAUCAACCGGCCCACCCAAAUCUCCCUCAAUCAAGCAACAACAAAGAUCAACAACGCUGCCCGGCGCGAAAUCUUCACAGGCGGCAUAUAUGCCCCAACGCUCCGAUACCACGAUGGCGUAUAUUACAUCGUGUGCACAAACCUGACCGGCAUAUGUGGCAUGCCGAGUAACGAGGAUUUCGACCCGUCAAACUUCAUCAUAACAGCCACGGACCUCUCCGAUGCAGAGUCCUAUAGCGAGCCCACCUACUUUGAUUUCCACGGCAUAGACCCGAGUCUGUUCUUCGACGAGGACGGAAGGGUUUAUGUACAGGGAAGCUGGAUCCACGGAUAUGACCGGGAUCCCGCGACGGUGAUCCGGCAGGCGGAGAUUGAUCUUGUCACUGGGCAGCUCCUCACCGAGACAAGGGAUAUCUGGUCUGGCGCAACAGGAAAAGUGCCCGAGGGCCCACACAUCUACCAAAAGGAUGGAUGGUACUACCUGCUCGUCGCAGAGGGCGGAACUCACGCUCGACAUAAGAUCACCAUGGCUCGGUCACAGAGUAUCUGGGGCCCGUUCGAAGCCAAUCCAGCGAACCCCGCGUUGACGGCUGAAGGAUCAAGCGGAAUUGUCCAGUGCGUGGGCCAUGGGGAUCUUGUUCAGGGUCCGGAUGGCGAAUGGUGGUGUGUUAUGCUCGCGAGGCGGGAGUAUGGGGAUUCCUACCCACUGGGCAGGGAGACGUUUUUGACGAGUGUGGAGUGGGAGGAUGGGCAGUUUCCCGCGUUCAAGGAUGUAAGGAUCAGGCAGCAGACUGGACGGGAAGUUGCAAGAAAGACGGUGGGGGGAGGGGCUGUGUGCGUUCAUCUGAAGUCGCCGGCAACAUUGUACCUGCGAACUCCCGACUUGAAGAACUAUCGGCAGGAUGAGGGUGAGAUUGACCUUACGGCUACACAGGCCGGCUUGGGGGCGCCAGAUGGGACGAUGACGUUCGUUGGGAGGCGGCAGACAAGCCUGGACUCAACUGCCAGCGUUACAAUCGCUAUCAGCAGUGCAACCAGCGACGAUGUAUCAUCUGGACUGACGCUGUACAAGGAUACCUUGCGUUACGCGGCGAUAGAGUAUAGGACGCCUGACGCUACCUUGGCUUUGAUCGUUCAAGAAGCUGGAAUGCCGUUGAUCACACUGUCUUCACAUUCGGCGCAGGGCGCUGUAUCAGCUCGGUUGUCGAUAAUCUCGAGCGUUGACGUAUACAAAUUCAGAGCCCAAGUUUUCUUUGCCAGCGGUGCAACAACAGAUAUCGCAUUGGGAGAAGUGCCUUGCUCCGCUGUGAGCGGUGAUGAUUUCACAGGAACUCUUUACGGAAUAUUUGCGACUGGUGAUGGGAGAGCUAUGACCUUCCAGAAUUUUGAGAUUGAAACGAGAUAAACAUUUGAGCGCUGCAGUGGUGGAUGACGAAGAGUAAUUAUUUAUCCGUAUGAUAUUACAGCAUGCCUAUGUAUAGAAUGGAUAAUAAAGCUAUCAACCGUGACCAAAGCGAGAUAUUUCGG